CUAAUGAGCUGAACUGUUAUGGAUUCACUGGUAUGUAGUUAGAUUUUGAUAGCUAUUUAAUAGAAUAUUUAUACAUUUUAGUAUUCUGGAUUCAGUAAAUUUUUAAAAUCUUGAAGACUUUGUAGGCAGGUCCUGGCUCUAUUGCCUGUGGGUUGUGGGUAGGGCAAGGGUGUGGGAGAGGGAGCACCCAAGAGGUUAACCCUCCAUAGGAUCAGCCUUUCCCAACGUCACCUGCCCUAACAUGAAGUCACCCCAUGCACACCUGUAGGUCUCCCUCUACUCAAAGUGCCAAGCGUCCUCCAUUCCUUUUUUGGGAUAUCUGCUCCUUGUGCAGAGAUUGGUUUUGUCCUAGGAGCUACCUCCUCCACCCGUCUGCAGUGUGUCCCACGCCUCAGUCAUUCUAUCUACAGUAACCCCUGAGACAAAGCUGGCCUCUGACUGGGCUGUCAGGUAAAUGGUGAUGUCCGAACACCUUGAGUCCCCCAGCAUCACUGAGGCCUGGGCCACCAGGCAGCUCUUCUUUAGGUCAUUCACUGUCACUAACAGAUAGGCUAGAUCCCUCCUCCUAGUGUCCAGGAAAACACACACACACACACACACACACACACACACACACACACACAUUUCAUUCUUAAUAUAGUGCAGUUGAACGUCAUAAAGAAAAAGAGAUAUGUUUUCUAACACCUUAACUUGCAAGGCAUCAUUCUGGUGAUGGUAUGUAUGGAGCCUUUAGUCCUUUCCUUCAUCUCCUGCCUCCAACCUGCGUCCCUGUGGCCUUCAGGGAAUAAGAAUAGCAGCCACACAUGAGCCAUAUGAUUUUCAGAGCAAGACUCUGUUUAGAAGGGCCCAGACCAAGGUCCUCAGCAGAGUGGAGGUCCAGCACCUCUUCCUCCCCCUACUUCUGAAUGCUUGAGUCUGCAAUUCUCCCUCCAGAUGGCCGGUCCUUGGAAGGGAUUCUGCCUAGCACCCACCUGCUCCAGAGAGGUGGACCUGCACUGUGCCCCCUUUGUAACGUUCCUGGGGUCUUAUUGCUAUCUAGAUAGACAAGAGGCACUAUGCUGCCACGUUCCUGACUCUGAUCAUUGUAACUGGGAAACCCUAUUGGCAAUCUCCUUGGGGAGGAGUCCCUGGACGCUGCUGCCAGCUUGGACCUGAGCCAAGUCUUUGCGUGCCUUGAACAAUGAAUUUGCACCCUGGCUGUGUUCCUGGGGCCAGCCCUGCUUGGGGUUGGGGUGGCCCCAUUAAUCCUGUUUCUCAGGCUGCUUGUCCUUUCCCAGGCCCCAGCAUGUCUCCAGUGCCAAAGGUGUGCCAUAGGACAGGGCCUCCUGUGCCAGUCCAGGUGUGCGUGACUAGCUCUGGGCAAGUCUGUUCCAGUAAUUCAAGGAGCCACUUCUUUUAAGGACAGCCUAGUUUCCACUUCCAUAAUCCUCUGUGCCAUCUCUCAACAGUGUGAUUGAGUAGGCAGGACCAACGUGACCCUCCGUCCCUGGGUCUCAGUUGAGAAACCUGAAGCUUAGGUGACGGGCCACUCCCCUGGCUGAUGGGUGGCCACUAUCUGAAGCAGUGGCUAGUGGCCUUUCGGGCUCCUGCUCUGGGGCUCUCACCACGUGGUGGCUGGACUUACACUUCUCAAUCAUACGUUCCUAAAGGCAAAUAGCAGAUUACAUGUUUUGAUAUUGUAAUACGCAAUAAGAAACAUAUGUCAGUUUGUGUUCCCAUUUUCUGGCCAGAGUUCCUAAACUCUUUGUAAUUUCCUAAGUGAGCAGAGUGAUAAAGGUGAACAGAGCAUCUUUUGUUAUGGAACUCAGGUGUGAUACAGCCAUUUCACCUGAGUUCGUGUAAGGAGGCGAAAAGCGCCUAAGGAUGGGGCUGGAGGCCAGGACAACCAACCUUGUGAUUAGAGACAGGGGAGGACAGAGGGACUGAAAGUUGAUGUGAUCACUAACAAAUCAUGCCUACGAUGUAACAAAGCCUACAUAAAAACCCAAAGUGACACGUGACAACCUAAAAUAACUGACAGAGGCAAAGAUCUCAAUCAAUGGAGGUUUAUUAAGCCGAACUCUGAGGAUGCGCCCAGGAAAAACAGAAGCUGCCGAUGCAUUUGUGACUGUCAUGUUUCCAAGAGGGAUUUGGGCACUCAGUAUUUCAGGGGAGAGGAAUACAGAAAGUAUUCCUCUUUCUGGGAAAGAGGGACAGUGAGGCAAAUGGCUACGUUCUUGUGAGGCCCAGGACAUUUACAUUUUAUAAAAAACAAGGUGAAUAUUCAAAGAGGAAAAGGGAGUACAGGAAGAGUCAGUCUAUUAUGCAGAUAUUCCUGGGUAGGUGCAAGAGCACUCGAUCAUACCUUGUCUCUCUUCUGCACCUGGGAAGAUAAGCUUCCUAUCAGCACUAGCAGUGUGGGAUUGAAGAAGCUUUAGUUUUAGGCCCUAGAGUUAGACUGCAGAACUGAAGCUGUGAUUGGCAUGUCCUUGUUUAUGGGAGGCCAACAAGGAAUUUCCUUCUGAAUCACCUGUGGAAGCAGUUCUCUGCGAGUGCCUGAGUCCUUGUCCCUUGCUAUGGGAUCUGGCUGACGCUUAGUGUUGGUGACAGCUAUUCAUUCAGAGGGGGUCUCCUUGCAUGACUCAGCCUCCAGGCUUGACCUUCCCUUUUGCAUGAGGAGUUGUGGGGGUGGUCCUGAGAUGUUCGUUUUCCUUUCCAUGGACUUUGUAGAGUUUCCAGGUUGCUGAAGGCAUGGAGAGUGGUGUCCAGGAGAGGGCAUGGGAGCUCUGUCCUCGUGUCCCCAUAUCUUGCCAUCCGUGCUUCUCCCUCUGGCUGCUCAUCUGUAUCCUCUGUAAUAGCCUUUGUCAUAAACCAGUCACCUAGCAAAUAAACUGUUUUCUUUGGUUCCGUGAGCCAUUCCAGCUACGGCUCAAACCCUAGAGGGAGAUGUGGGAACCUUUGAUUUGCAGCCCAGUGAGACAGAAGUGGGUGUAACCUCGGGACCUGCUACUUGGGAUUGGUGUCUGAUGUGGGAGCAGUCUUGGGUGGGACUGAGCCCUGAACCCGCGGGGUCUGGCCUAACUCUGGUUACUGACAGACUGAACUGAUUUGUAGGACAGCCAGCUGGUGUUAAGGAAUGGGUCAAUGUGGAAGAAAAUCCCCACACAUCAUGGAUAUCACCCAUUAUGAGGAAUCCAGAAAGUUCACAGUAGAGGACUGACAGCAAGUCCUCAGGGGGCUCUCUAAGUUGUCCUCAAAGUGUUGCUGUGACUCUUUGGAGUGUGAGAGACAGACUGUUGGAGAUGAAGAGAAAAAUCUACCAGGUCAAAAACUUUAUAAGGCACAGGGUUGUUCUAGGUUAGCUGUGUGCUUAAAGCUGGUUAAAUAUUAAUUUAGGCUUUUUCAUAAUAAAGGGUAAGAUUCAGAGCCAGGGUGAGAUCUAUGAAGAGCACUACUAGCUUCUUGGUGGGUAGACAGUACUGUUUUCACCUUGCCUCCUUCCAGAAUGGCCUCUCUUCAACUUCAUCCUGCAUUUCAGAGAGUUGCUGUGGGAGUUUUCUUCUUAGCACUUUGGGGAAUGGUUGUAGGUGACAAAGUGCUGAUGGUCCCUCUGGACGGAAGCCACUGGCUUAGUGUAAAGGAUGUAGCUGAGAGUCUCAGUGCCAGGGGGCAUGAGAUUGUGGUCUUGGCACCAGAAGUCAAUUUGCUUUUUAAAGAAUCCAAAUACUAUUUGAGGAGACUCUAUCCAGUGCCUUACGAUGAAGAGGAGCUCAAGAACCGUUUUCGUUCCUUCGGAAACAGUAUGUUUGCUGAGAGAUCAUACUUGAUGACUCCUCUGGUGGAGUACAGGAAUGUCAUGUUUGUCAUUGACAUGUGGUUCAUCAACUGCCAGAGCCUCCUGAAGGACCAUGCCACCCUGAACUUCCUCAAGGAGAGCAAGUUCGAUGUUCUUUUCACAGACCCGGCCUUACCCUGUGGCGUGAUCCUGGCCGAGUACCUGGGCCUACCCUCCGUGUACUUCUUCAGGGGCUUCCCAUGUUCCCUGGAGCACGUGUUCAGUAGAACUCCAAGCCCUGUGUCCUAUAUACCCAGGUGCUACACAAGCUUUUCCGACCAGAUGACUUUUCCCCAACGGAUGAUCAACUUCCUUGUUCAUUUGUUGGAGCCUGCUCUAUUUUAUUGUCUGUAUUCAAAGUAUGAAGAGCUCGCAUCAGACGUCCUCAAGAGAGAUGUGCACUUACCCGCCUUAUAUCAGAAGGGCUCUAUCUGGCUGUUAAGAUACGACUUUGUGUUUGAUUACCCCAGGCCAGUCAUGCCCAACAUGGUCUUCAUUGGAGGCAUCAACUGCAAAAACAGGAGGGACCUGCCUCAGGGUUUUCAAGCUUACAUAAAGGCUUCUGGAGAACAUGGAAUUGUGGUUUUCUCUUUGGGAUCAAUGGUCUCAGAGAUUCCAGAGAAGAAAGCUAUGGAUAUUGUGAUCGCUUUCGGCCAUAUACCUCAGCUCGCGUACACGAAGAUUCUCCCGUCACACCUGAACUCAUCACGACUCCUGAACCGCUGGCACCCCUCCCUAUUUUGCAUCUCAGGUCACCCGAAGACUCGUGCCUUUAUCACCCAUUCUGGCUCCCACGGUAUUUAUGAAGGAAUCUGCAAUGGCGUGCCCAUGGUGAUGAUGCCCUUGUUCGGUGAUCAGAUGGACAAUGCGAAGCGCAUGGAGACUAGGGGCGCUGGAGUGACCCUGAAUGUCCUUGAAAUGACUUCUGCAGAUUUAGAAAAUGCCCUAAAAACAGUCAUCAAUGACAAAAGCUACAAGGAGAACAUCAUGCGCCUCUCCAGCCUCCACAAGGACCGCCCCGUCGAGCCUCUGGACCUGGCCGUGUUCUGGGUGGAGUUCGUGAUGAGGCACAAGGGGGCGCCACACCUGCGCCCCGCAGCCCACGACCUCACCUGGUACCAGUACCACUCCUUGGACGUGAUUGGCUUCCUCCUGGCGGUGGUGGUGACUGCGGCCUUUGUCACCUUUAAAUGUUGUGCCUGCGGUUUCCGGAAGUGCUUUGGAAAACAAGGGCACGUUAAGAAAGCCCACAAAUCCAAGGCACAGUGAGAAGUGGGUGGGAAGUAAGGUGAAAUUUUGAUCCGUUCUCUGGUCAAUUCCAAACUUGAAAA